AUGGGAAACCCUCGCGUUUAUUUCGACAUUACAAUCGAUGGUUCCAACACGGGCAGGAUUAUCAUGGAGCUGCGAGCGGAUGUAGUUCCUAAGACUGCAGAAAAUUUCCGUGCGCUUUGCACUGGUGAAAAAGGAUUUGGCUUUAAGGGUUCCUCCUUCCAUCGCAUCAUUCCCAAAUUUAUGUGCCAGGGGGGAGACUUCACCAAUCACAAUGGUACUGGAGGAAAGUCCAUUUAUGGAGAGAAGUUUGCUGAUGAGAACUUCCAGCUGAAGCACACAGGUUUGGGCUGCCUGUCCAUGGCCAAUGCAGGGCCCAACACUAACGGAUCCCAAUUCUUUAUCUGCACUGCCUCCACUGACUGGCUGAAUGGGAAGCAUGUGGUUUUUGGCAGUGUUGUAGAGGGCAUCGAUGUUGUCAAAGCAAUGGAGAAGCAUGGGACAAAAAGUGGAACUCCCAAAGCUAAAGUUGUCAUUUCUGACUCUGGUGAACUUAAAUAG